AUGCUGUUGAACUGGGAGCAAGUGCAUAUUAAUUGGACGUUGUUCCUUCCUUUCUUCUUCUUAUCUGCUUUCUACUUUCUUCGGCCAAAGAAGAGCUUAUCUAGACCUACAGAAACCAAGAGCGAGUCGGAAUUUCCCAAGGAAAUCAAGACCAAUGCUGUGCUGCCAGAUUUCAAAUGGGACCAUAAGGAACCUGCAAAGUCUUAUCCAUUCAAGGAUAAAGAGUACAAGUUGACUAUGGGCAUUCGCAGUUUCAAGCCUGAUGAUUGGCUCUUGAUAGAAGAUACUUAUCUUGACCGUAUUGAAGAGAAAACCAAGUUGAUCACCAACUCACAUCCUGCUUACGACUCGGACAAGGAUACGGAGGCUAGCACGGUCUUCACUUCGGAGAUCGGCGACCCUGCCGUGAGAGAAUUGUACGAUGUCAUUAUUCAGUACAUGUGUGACAAGUAUCCAAUGUACUUUAAGUUAAAUGGCGAUGGAACCAGCGUCCACAACAACAUUACUAAGGAAGACAUUCCUGCUACUGCUGGGGACAUUGAUACCAGAAAGUUAUUACAUCUCUUGACGAGAACUGUGGAAGAGGACUGUAUUAUUAUGAUGCCAGAUGAGACGCUCGACGACCCCGAAUUUGGCAAUGAGUACUACUUCAAGGCAGGUGUGUUUGCUUUUGCAGCUGGCUUCGACCCUCGGGACAAGUUUAACAAGCCUUUGACCAGCAUUCACGAACCUAUCCCUGGUUACCAGAGUAUUCUCAGAACUUCUAUGAACAGAUACUUUCAGAGACUUCAGCCCUGCCAGUUCGUGGGCCGUGCAAACUUUUCCAUUCAAGCACACAACAAGUUUUAUGUUGACGAUGACAACAAGGGAUACCACUUGUCUGAAGAGGAAGUCCGCAGGGCUAUUCCGUAUGAAGAUCUUGACUUCGACAAACAGGUUCACUAUAGAAGUGAAAGACAGAUGCUUACGCGUUUGCCAAAGACUGGUGCCAUUGUUUUCACUAUUAGAACGUACUUGCACCCAUUCAGCGACUUCAAGUCGCAACCUGAAGAGGUUGGCCAAAGAUUGCUUGGUGCUCUUGAGAAGUUCCCAGACGACAUGGCCAAAUACAAAGGCCUUACGAAGUUGGCUCCAGCGGCAAUCCGCUACUUAAAGGAAUUCUUAUGA